UUCAGCCGACAAGAAGCACUUAAAAUCGGGUUCUCAGCUAAGUUAAGCCAAAGCAAAAGCUUAAAAAAAUAUUUGAAAUUCAACAGAUUUUUGAAGUCAAAGUUAAUGAAGAGUGUCUCGAAAUAAAGUGUAAAGCCAAACAUAUUUUUGAUUAUAAUUAACAGUGUUGAGUGCAGCUUGCAAAUAUUGCGUAACUCGAGCUCGAUGCUGGACUUGAGCGCCAAUUGAACUUGAAAAUAGAAAAAGUUUUUGUGUUUUAAAGAAAAAAUUUCAAGUAUUAAAACUCUCAAAUUAAUGAAAACAUUUACAAAACAGUUUAAUCUCUACAAAAAUAAUUAAACAAUAAUAAAAAUAAUUAUUUAACUGCGUUUCGCAAACCAACGCACAGGCGAAACUCAACUCACGCUCACACCCGAUAAGCGCUACUCCGCUGACGCCAAUUUUUCGCGCCCACCAAAGGCUCCACGACAACACAACGGAAGUGGUCGCUCAUUAAGUGCGGCGUAACUAAAGAAACAGUAACAGAAAUUUGUGUUAUUUGCAUAAAACUAAGCGAAUUUCUUCAUACGUCUGUGUGCGAUUACCUAAUACAAGCCGAAAAAGAGCACAAACACUCUUUGCAUUGAACUAAUUAAAGCAGUAAAACUAGUGACGAUUUUUAGUUGAAGUUUGAAUUUCAACAAAAAAAAAAAAACUAUCCGAAAUGCAGCCUCUAAAACGGUUCACACAAUGUGGCAGUCUAACCAUGCUUUUUGGCGUCUUCAUUAUACUCUUCGGUGUCAGUUCGACCGCUUUGACAACUUUUGGCAAGACGAAUAAUGACAAGCCAACGCCAACACCAAUAAUAAAGGGCAAGGAAUGUAACAACCAUGAUGACUGCAUAACGAUAGAUAAAACCAGCUGCGUCAAGGACCCCAACGACUACAAGCAUCGUUGCCUGUGCGGUGAUGAUUCGGCGCCGGUUAAUGGACAUUGCCAGGAUGUGCUAAAAGGUCUACGUCACAAAUGCACCAGUAGCCAUGAAUGUGAGGACGGUUUGGUUUGUCAAUUCGAGAGUCUUAAUCGUACAAUUGGUGUAUCGAAAUUCAUUUCUAAGACUAAAUUAUGCCUCUGUGACAAUGAGAGUGGAUUCUUCGAAGAUGUUUUGCGUGACAUUUGCAGCGGCGCUUCGCUACAAACAAUUGCAAAUAUUUUAUGCUCGCUGGUCUCCACAGUGGCGCCGUUCAUUGUCUACGCACGCAUGAAGCCGCAUUUCUAAACGGUCAAUCAACAGCAUAUGAGCUAAACAUGUUUUAUCACAGUUUUUUCUAAGUUUAAUUUCUCUACCAAUUGUGAUGUUAAAUAUUUUGAAUAUUUUGUUGAAGCACAUAAACAUAUUUACCUAUGUUUUGAGGCAAAACUUGCAAUAAAAAUCUACACAUUAGAAAGUAUAUGGUCAAUUAGCUUAGUAAAAUAUAGUAAGUGUGAUUGUUUGCAUAAAUAUAUGGCAGCACUGCACAUUGAAGUGAGUUAUAUGCAUACAUGUGAAUUUAGUGAGCGUUCAAGAUGUUUUGAUUACUACAUUUUUUAAUUAUUAUAGCAAAAUCUAUGAAGAACUUAUUCAACUUAAAGAAACAAACCUCAACUCAAACCAACUGGCAUAUUUAUAUAUAAUUAUAAGUAUCACUGGUUUUAUAUAAAUAUCGAUUUUACUGUGUGUCACCAACUAUCGUGCCUCUUACAUGGAAUAUAGUUUAAGUUUAUUUACCUGUAUACACCUAAAUGCUCUACUAUAUACAUACAUACCUAACAGUUAUAGUAUAUAAGUGUAAUAAAUAACGAAAUAUUGUAAAAUAUACUCGUAUAUGUCUAUCAUUGAUGUCUUAUAGUCAUAGUUCAUCGUUCAUAACAUUACUACCACCGCCAAGUUUAUCUGCCUUAACACUAAGGUUCCCUUAAAUUCAACUUUAUAUACAACAUUAGAAGGAAUAAUACAGAAAAUAAAAGAAUGAAAACUACGCAAUGCACACACUUGGAUUUUACAUAACUAUAUAGUACACUGAUCAUCUGAAAUUGGUCUUACUCUCAAGCAAAACUACCCUUUGCAGCACUCAACGCACCAGCAACAUACCUGAGAACACUUAAGCACGUGCUAGUUGUAAUUCUACACCGUAGUUUGUUAAACAAUAAUAAAAAAAUUAAUAUAAAGGUUUACUUGCAUUAAAACACGCGUUCGUUUUACACGAUUUCAGUGCUGGCGAGAGCGUUAACUCGACUUUGGAGAAUUUUGAGGAGAUAAUCCAAGCCAAGCUAAGCGGCUAUGCCUUGCCAACUGAAUUAACAAACUGUUUUGUUUUGCCAUUUGUACCUUAGAUAAAAGAAAGCAUUAUUCCUAGACUUAAGCGCAUUAUUAGACACCCUUUAAAAUAAGUAUUUAUAUAUCAUAUUUAGGACAUAAGUAUAUAACCAGGCUUUGUAAAAAUGUGUUUAAGUUUAGAUACCAGAAAGUUAUAUAUUUAAUUGAAAUAUUAUUAUUAUAAAAUAGACAUGAUGGUCGCCAAAGCACCAAAUUGUGCUUAUACAGAGUGUUGUUUCACUGAAAUGCCAUGAAACAACUUAAAUUCGGCAGCCAGCAGUCGUUGUUGUUAGUCUUAGCCGGAUACAGUUUUAGCUAGUUCUAGCUACGUAGACUUUUCCGUUUAAUUUUUUAACACCAAUAUUAUUGCAAAGUGGUUGCUUACUGACGGGUUAGGCAAAGCUAAAUUAUGAGAAAUAAGAACUGAUCAGUUCGGUUCUUUUAUAACACCUUUCAUUCGACUAACUAAUUAACCUUUUGCCACAUUUACCUAUAAUUAUUCCAACUUUAUUGAAUAUAACAGUUAUAGUUACAAACAUUUCAUUCCUUUCAAUCAAUAAUCAUCGAUCAAUCUAUAAAAUGUCAUAGAGUAGCCAGUUCCAGAUGUGGCAACCCUCAUCACCCUUUACAUAAGUGGUUUUGGAUCGGUGGUGAUUGCCCUUUAAGCUAUAAUACAGAUACAAACUUGAUUUAGUAUGAAUGGCAUCUACGAUUGGACAGCUCUUUAAUAACACUCUAAAUCUUCUGUGCGGUGUUUGAAUAUUCAUUCUUCCUAAGUAGUAGUACUUCCUAAGCCACUUGUCUCAGGACAGCUAGGGUUACUAAACGUUAAGAAGGUGUUGUAAUACAGAGGCACGCAUUUCACGCGUUUUUUGAUCCUUUAUCUUUUGUUAUAUAAUACGAAUUUCAUUAUCUUUUGGAAGAAAGAAAAAAGAUUUUCGUAAAAAGGGGGUUCCUAUAAAGAUCGAGUCUUUUAACUUUAUCGAUUUUUUUAAUAUUACAAAUUAGAUAUUUAAAAGUUUUGUUAGUUACUAUGUACGAAGGAGAGAUUUUUAAAGAGUAUAUGUACACUUUUAAUUUCAAGUAAACUGUUAAAUGUUAAUAACUUGAGCCAUGGUAACUUACGCUUGAAAACAGUUUAAGAAAACCGCGACACUAAAACGACUAUAAUUAAAAAUGAUAAAAAACAACGAUCUUUCAAAUUUUUAGAUUAGAAUAUUCUCAUAAUAUGGUGCAAAGCAGUUACCUAAGAAUAUGUUGGCGAAAUAAAUUGAACCAGGCUAUCAGCCUAAAAUCAUAUUGAAAUGAGCCGAACCCCUUUGGUAAAAUCGAAAUACCUCUUUUAAAGGAAUAUUUGUUCUGAAGCUACUAAGGGUUGCUUGCAGCAUCAAAUAAAAUUAUGAGAAAGGGAGUGAGUGGUUUCCAUUGUGUAAUGGUAAAAGUCAAUGCACAGUUUUUGAUCAGUAAAGUUUUGGGUAUAAAAGGAUCUCAGCGGAUUCCAAGUUCAAAAUGGAGGGUGCUGUAUAAAAAGAAUAUGUUAACAUAACAUCUUAUGUUUUUCAGUUACUCCUUUAAAAUAGUUUCUAUAUGCUAAAAUUCGUGGCAAAAAGUGCAGAAAUUAUUUGUUAACCCUUUUUAAAUGCUCUGGUUAUAUACGAUCACAUUUCAUAUAUGUAAACAUUUAUAGACAUUAACACAAAAAUAUUGAAAAUGAAAAUCUCAAUCAAAUAAUCGUAUUGUAGUUUAUGUUCAUCCGUGAUUUUAAUGUAUGUAUGUAUGUGAAAAUUUUUUCGUACCUUGUUUUCAAUAAAAGUCCAAAACGCUAA